AAAGUGGCUCUCUAUCCCUCUCAUUCUCUGUAAAACACUGGUGGCGUCUUUGUUUCAAAAUCCUACUGAUAAAGCAAAGAUAAUCUCACUUUUCAUUGAAAAUCAGUCUUGUUUUCAGCUUUCUAUUCGUUCAAAAAAUAAAAGAUUUGAUGGAAAAAUCAUCAGCAAAACCUAAGUUAUUAGGUACAAGUGCAAGUGAAGGAAUUGAUAGAAUAAGCUAUUUGCCAGAUGAUAUACUCCACAAUAUCCUUUCAUCUCUUUACAUUUUUGAUGUGGUUCACUUAAGCAUUUUGUCUAAAAGAUGGAACUAUAUAUGGAGGACAAUGCCUUACUUGCAUUUCGAUAUUAAUCUCUUUCGUUAUGAACGGAUUAAACGGCCUUGGGAUUUGGUUAUGGCUGAAAAUUUUAAAGACUUUAUCAAUACGGUCUUAAUUUCCCAAUGUGGGGUUAGUCUUGUUUGCUUUAAGCUUUGUUGUGGCAAUCUUUUUGAUAAAGAGGCUAUUUUUCGAUGGGUUCGUGUGGCAACUAAGCGAAAUGUUCAAGAACUUGUGUUAAGUUUUUGUCCUGUUGCGCAGUUUGAGUUGCCAUAUUGUGUUGCGACUUGUGAAUCUUUACGAGUUUUGAAAUUACAGCUUUAUAGGGCCAUACUUAAGCUGCCUAAUCAUAUGGGAUUUUCCCAGCUCAAAUUGCUUAAUCUUGAGAGAGUUAACUUAUCGAACGAGCAUUUGACAUGUGGUUUGCUCUCAAAAUGUCCCGUCCUAGAAAAAUUGAUACUGGAAGAGUGUACUUUUGGAACUACGAUUGAUAUUGCUUCGACAUCUCUGGUUUACGUGUCUCUACAGAAAGGUGAUGAUGAUGGAGAAAUUUACAGAAAUUGUAAUGUCAAAAUUUCUUGCCCGAAUCUCAAGGUCUUGAAAUAUGGUGCUCCAAUGGCAAAGGAUAUAAUUUUAGAGAAUCUCUUCUCUAUAGAAGUUGUUCACAUCUUAUUUUUUGAUCUGGAUGAUGUAACCGAAGAACUUGGCAUGCUUGUGCAUAAGAUGAUCAAGAAUGUUCCUUCUACAUCUGCUUUGAAAUUAUGCUUGUUGUCCAUUUGGGGUCUGUGUAGUGUAUCUCAACAACUAAGAAACUUCCCGGUCACGUUUUAUAACCUCAAGUCCUUAAAAUUGACAGUGACAAUUGAUGUAUUUAGCAUGGAAGUCAUGAUGCUAUUGCUCAAGCAUUCUCCUAAUUUAGAGGUUCUUAAUUUGUUUUCCGAUGAUGCUGAUGGCAGGGAUGAAACCUUGAAGAUGCAUGAACCUAGUGAAAGCUUUGUGUGCUUCGAAUCUCAUCUAAAAUCGAUUAAGUUGGCUGGUUUCAAAUACCAUGACAAUGAGAUGGAGCUACUAAGGUUUUUCUUGAAGAAUGCACGUGUAUUAGAAAAACUGAUAAUUGUUUGGGAUGACCCUGAUGACAUACCAGAAGAGGCAUCGGAGGAGGUUUUGAAGUUUCCUAGAACUUCUUCAAAUGUUGUCGUGACAUUUCUUGAUUUCAACCUCAAAUCAAGAUCUCGUUACCGCACAAUAUAGUUUAAAAGAGGUUUUGACUGUUAGUACUUAGACUAAUGAGCAAGUGCAUGGCACCUCUAAGUUUAUGAAUUUCUACUACUAUUUUUCCUUUAAAAAAGCACGGAAAAUUCAGCUGGACAUCCCUCGAUGAAGCAUGUUUGACUCAGGACAACCUCAACAGAAGAAACACAUCAGCAUGUGUUACAUGUGUCUUCAAAAUUCAGAAAGUAUCUGUUGUU